AUGAUACGAGGCCACGCAAACCAUUCUGGCGACAUCAUUAGAAGGUUGGAUGACAUCGACAAUCGAGUAUGGGAGUCGGUAGUGGAUGAUUUGUUCGUCGAUCAGCGUGACGGGCGCUCACGUAUUGAGGUGUAUCCGGCGCACCUCCUCCUGCCUCAAAACGUUGAACAUCAGCAGUCGAAUCAUGGAAUCAAGCAAGCAGACGCAACGACCGACAUCAACCAUGGAUCUCCUGCCAAUGACAAAGACAAUCCAUCGAUGGACCUAGUCGCACUGUCUUCACCCCAACGCGUCGCUGACUACAUACAAACGACCCCGAAGUUCCAAGCAUUCUUCAUCCGACAAAGCUUUUCGUGGGGUCCAUUGCUGGUGACGAACGAGCUGUUUAUAGGACUGCUGCUCAACGCUCGAUUACCACAGCACCUGAAGAGCUUCAUCAUGUUUUUCGGACCGAGAGAGCGCGAGGUUGAAAUUUCACCUCCGGCUCUGAGAUUUACGCCGCUCUCAACCACAGGACACUCAUCUGAUCAAAGUCACCACUGCACAUAUGGCCUGAGGUUUAUUGAGCGUAACCGCCACCAUCACAUGUCAUCUCCAUCGAAAGCAUGGUCUCUUCGACAAUGCGCAAUCACCUGCCGCUAUGUUCACAAAGAAGGAGGUGCAUCGUGGGCAUUUGUUACCAUUUCUGUCGACAUGCAACGGAGGUUGGAUGCAGCGGCACUCACGGGCGACUUCACCCACAACACAGACCCGUUCGAAGUACAUCAAAUGAUCAUAGACUCUGCGAUUACGAGCUGGAGGCAAUAUCUCAUCGACCUCUCCGAAGAAACCGACGCACAUCAUGCUCAGAUUUUAGGGACGUCGCCAAACGACAAAGGGCCCGUCAAACUACAUGAAGCCGGUAGACGUCAAGAUCUUUUAAUGCUGGAUGAAACCCUUUUGAAUGCAUUGCUGGCAAUUACGGCUACUACGGAUACGUCGUCUGCGUUGUCAUCUGCUUGGGAGUUUGUGAUUAGAGAUACUUCGACCUUAGAUCCAGGCUACCUCGACCUCAUGCGAAAAAGCUUCACACAUCACCAACGCUCACUGGCUCUCCUGUCUGCGCAAAUCACACAUCUCAGAACAAAACUCGGAGGUAUCAUCAGCCUACUUUCAAGCUUCCUGGAUCUGAGCAGCGGAUACUCCCUCCAGAAUCUUGCUCUACAGGCUGGCGAAGAGAACGAAGAGAUGCGCAAGUUGACGGACCGCAUGCACAAACUGGCAGAGAAGAGCACACAGGAUGCUGCAGCUGUCAAAGUCCUGACUAUUUUGACACUGAUCUAUCUGCCGGUUACAGUGGUGUCCAACUUUUUUUCAACCUCGUUUGUCAGUUCCAAGAAUUCAGCGGAUGGAGGCCUUGGAAGCAUCUCCGUGACUGGCGACUGGGGGAUUUUGUUUGCAGCCUCCAUCCCACUGACACUUCUCACUAUAUAUAUAUGGCUGGUCUGGACACGCAUUCAAGCGAACCCUCGGGGGCAGGUUUGGUGGAAGUAUGUGUUGGGAAUUCGCUUAUUCAGCGGCGACAUUUCCAACUCAUCAAUGGAGAGUGGGAAUGCAGCGAUGACGACAAAGGUUCCUGUACUCAUUGAAAGGGCAUACUCGAGAGAGCAUACGGAUGGGCUUUUUGAGCAUGGGUUGAGGAGGACGACUUCUGGGAUUUGCUAAGCCUCUUCGUGGACCAGAUAAUAAUUGGACAAAUUCCUGAAAGGUUUACAGGAUAGCCCAAAUCCCAAGAGUCAUUCCUCAAACUCGUUUGCCCACUUCCACGCGGGGGUAACACAACG